AUGGCCGCCCAGAGGCUGGUGCGAGAUCUUUGCCGAAUGCUGAAAUUGGACCCAUUCGACAUUCAAAAGACAGCACUUGCGCCCGAACCAGACCCCAACACUGCAUGGACCAUUGUUGCAGCGUACUUUGACGAUACCGUGGAGGGUCUGCACGCCCUAGUUCACCGUCCCGAGUUUGAAGCCCAUCUGAAGGCACAUUUCAGUCAACUGCCACUACCGCCUCCCGAGAAAGAGGACCCGGCAUGGUAUGCACUGCGAAACGUCAUCUACGCCUUUGGUUGGAGACAUCUCUCCCAGCAUACAACGAGCGGUAGCUUUUGUUACACUGAUGGUGACGGCUGGAAAUAUUUCCUGAACGCUCUCUCAGUCCAUUCCCAACUACUCUACUGCAGAACGGGGCUUAUGGCUGUGCAAGCCCUCAUUGCCAUGAGUAUGUAUGUGGAUGGCAUUGGUAACCCCUCGCUAGAGUAUAUGCUGUGCGUCAGCAGCAUGAAGCUAGCAGAGUCUAAAGGUCUACACCGAGAGCCCGCACUCGCGUGGGACCUGGACCAAUCAGCAAUUCACACUCGAGCUCAUCUUUGGUGGUCGAUAUAUAUCUAUGAGCGACAUACAGCUUUCAUGUCUGGGCGACCACUGUCCAUUGACGAUGAUGACAUUACAUGUCAAUUACCGACCGAUCAGCCAGGGGGCGAUCAUGCCGACCUGGACUACUUUAUCGGCUCUAUCACGUUGGCCCAAAUCUCUGGACGUAUUUGGAGGAUGACGAAAAGGUUGAAAAGGGCAACUCCUACCUUUCAGGAGAUAGUGGAUUCCAUCUCCCAAUUGGACUCGGCCCUUGGGGAUUGGUAUUCGUCACUUCCUUCAUCGGUCAAGAUUGAUACUGCUACCCAUUCCUUGCCUCCAGAUAUCCAUCCCUACAAGGCUCUGUUCCUAUACUGUGGCUAUCAAGCCAGGCUGAUCCUGCUGCAUUCGAUGCUGGUUCGUCCUUGGAAUGAAGUACCUGCCCUCUCGGGUGAGUACGACAAGGAUAGGUUCCGCAAACAUGUCUGGAACAGUACGGAAAUCGUGGCCGAAGCGGCGCGGAAUAUCAUUCGAUGUCUGCAACAUAUCAAUGUUACUCGUUCCAGCCCCAAAGCUCUGGUCUAUGAAUGGCCUCUGGUCGCUUUAAGCACCUUGUUCAUCUACGUGCUUCAAUUUCCGAAGCUACCUACAGUCGCCGCCGAUAUUCAGUUCAUGGACACAGUCACCGGACACCUCGACUAUGUCGGCUUCGCGUCGGCAGAUCUCGACUUCCCUUUUGCCAGAGAGGUCACGACCCUAGCACGCUCAGCCGUCGCGAGGGCGGCUAGAGGGGAUGGGUUCGCUACCAAGGAACCUUUCUCACAGAGUCAUGUCGCCAGCCAGCUCGAAGGCCAAGCCACACAAGCUGCAGAGUCUGUGCGGUUUGAUAACGCAGCACCAUCUGACAACCCCGAGUUGUUUCAUACCAUGGAUCCUGACCAGGAAGUUUGGGGAACCCUGCUACAAUGGCCGGAUGGGGACGACACGUCUUUCGGCGACGUACUAGGGAAUCCUGCUCUCGAUAUCAUGUCCAACUCCUUCAUGUGA